AUGGUAGCUCUUUCCUUGAAGAUCUGUGUCCGCCAGUGCAAUGUAGUGAAGACAAUGCAAUUUGAACCAUCCACUGCAGUCUAUGAUGCCUGUAGAGUUAUUCGUGAACGAGUGCCAGAGGCUCAAACAGGGCAAGCCUCUGACUAUGGAUUAUUCUUAUCAGAUGAUGAUCCACGGAAAGGUAUAUGGCUGGAGGCUGGAAGAACGCUGGAUUAUUACAUGCUGAGAAAUGGGGAUAUAUUGGAGUACAAAAAGAAACAAAGGCCUCAGAAAAUACGUAUGUUGGAUGGAUCAGUGAAAACAGUCAUGGUGGAUGAUUCUAAAACAGUUGGUGAAUUGCUGGUUACUAUUUGCAGCAGGAUAGGAAUAACAAAUUAUGAGGAAUACUCCUUAAUCCAGGAGAGCAUAGAAGAGAAGAAAGAGGAGAGUUCAGGAACACUUAAGAAAGAUAGAACAUUGUUGCGUGAUGAAAGAAAAAUGGAAAAACUGAAGGCAAAGCUUCAUACAGAUGAUGACUUGAAUUGGCUAGAUCAUAGCCGAACGUUUAGAGAGCAAGGAGUUGAUGAAAAUGAAACACUACUGUUGAGACGGAAGUUCUUUUAUUCAGACCAGAAUGUAGAUUCAAGAGAUCCUGUUCAGCUUAAUUUGCUUUACGUUCAGGCUCGUGAUGACAUUCUGAAUGGUUCCCAUCCUGUCUCCUUUGAGAAGGCCUGUGAAUUUGGAGGCUUCCAAGCACAGAUCCAGUUUGGACCUCACGUAGAACACAAACACAAACCUGGAUUUUUAGACCUAAAAGAAUUCCUGCCUAAAGAAUAUACCAAACAAAGAGGGGCUGAAAAGAGAAUAUUUCAGGAGCACAAAAACUGUGGUGAGAUGACUGAAAUAGAAGCCAAAGUCAAGUAUGUGAAGCUAGCCCGAUCCCUGCGGACCUAUGGAGUGUCGUUUUUUCUGGUUAAGGAAAAAAUGAAAGGCAAAAACAAGCUGGUUCCUCGUUUGCUGGGUGUCACCAAAGACUCAGUGAUGCGUGUAGAUGAGAAGACUAAGGAAGUGUUGCAGGAAUGGCCACUAACAACUGUAAAACGCUGGGCUGCCUCCCCUAAAAGCUUCACUCUGGAUUUUGGUGAAUAUCAGGAAAGCUAUUACUCAGUGCAGACCACUGAAGGAGAACAGAUCUCUCAGUUAAUUGCAGGUUACAUUGAUAUCAUCCUAAAGAAGAAACAAAGUAAAGAUAGAUUUGGACUUGAAGGUGAUGAGGAAUCAACCAUGUUGGAAGAAUCUGUUUCACCUAAGAAAUCUACCAUCUUGCAGCAGCAGUUUAACCGAACAGGCAAGGUGGAGCAUGGCUCGGUGGCACUACCAGCUGUUAUGCGUUCAGGGUCCAGUGGCCCAGAGACUUUCAACAUUGGCAUCAUGCCUUCUCCCCAGCAACAAGUCACAAUUGGUCAGAUGCACAGAGGACAUAUGCCACCCCUUACCUCAGCUCAGCAGGCCUUGAUGGGGACUAUUAAUACGAGCAUGCAUGCUGUUCAACAGGCACAGGCUGACCUCAGUGAAGUUGAUAACCUACCACCUCUGGGGCAGGACAUGGCAUCAAGAGUAUGGGUUCAGAACAAGGUUGAUGAAUCAAAACAUGAAAUACACUCUCAGGUUGAUGCUAUCACUGCAGGAACUGCCUCUGUUGUUAACCUUACAGCAGGGGACCCAGUUGACACUGAUUACACUGCUGUGGGAUGUGCAAUUACAACCAUCUCUUCCAACCUCACUGAGAUGUCUAAAGGUGUGAAACUACUUGCUGCUCUCAUGGAUGAUGAAGUUGGAAGUGGAGAAGACCUCCUAAAAGCUGCUCGAACAUUGGCCAGUGCUGUCUCAGACUUGCUGAAGGCUGUGCAACCUACUUCAGGAGAGCCUCGACAGACAGUUUUGACGGCAGCUGGAAGCAUUGGGCAAGCAAGUGGGGAGCUACUGAGACAAAUUGGAGAGAAUGAAACAGAUGAAAGGUUCCAGGAUGUUCUGAUGAGUCUGGCCAAAGCUGUUGCAAACGCUGCUGCCAUGUUAGUGCUGAAGGCCAAGAAUGUGGCACAGGUUGCUGAGGAUACAGUCCUGCAGAACAGGGUUAUUGCUGCUGCUACACAGUGUGCACUCUCUACUUCCCAGCUUGUGGCUUGUGCAAAGGUUGUGAGUCCCACCAUCAGUUCUCCAGUGUGUCAGGAACAACUGAUUGAGGCAGGGAAACUGGUAGACCGCUCAGUGGAGAACUGUGUGAGGGCCUGCCAGGCUGCCACAGAUGACACUGAGUUACUGAAGCAGGUCAGCGCAGCUGCCAGCAUUGUCAGCCAAGCCCUGAAUGACCUUUUGCAGCACGUCCGCCAGUUUGCCAGCAGAGGAGAGCCCAUUGGACGCUAUGACCAGGCUACAGAUACCAUCAUGUGUGUCACAGAGAAUAUUUUCAGUUCCAUGGGAGAUGCUGGUGAAAUGGUAAGGCAGGCCAGGGUAUUGGCUCAAGCUACUUCUGAUCUUGUCAAUGCCAUGAGGUCAGAUGCUGAAGCAGAAAUUGACAUGGACAACUCUAAGAAGCUUCUGGCUGCUGCAAAGCUCCUGGCAGAUUCUACAGCCCGCAUGGUUGAAGCUGCAAAGGGAGCAGCAGCGAAUCCUGAAAAUGAGGAUCAACAGCAGCGUCUGAGGGAAGCAGCAGAGGGACUGCGGGUUGCUACAAACGCUGCUGCUCAGAAUGCCAUCAAGAAGAAAAUUGUCAACAGAUUAGAGAUUGCAGCUAAACAAGCUGCAGCUGCUGCUACUCAGACUAUUGCAGCUUCUCAGAAUGCAGCUGUUUCAAAUAAGAACACAGCAGCCCACCAGCAACUUGUGCAGAGCUGUAAGAAUGUUGCAGACCACAUUCCUCAAUUGGUGCAAGGUGUAAGAGGAAGUCAAGCUCAGGCAGAAGACCUCAGUGCCCAGCUUGCUCUAAUAAAUUCCAGCCAGAACUUCCUUCAGCCUGGAAGUAAAAUGGUGGCAUCUGCUAAAGCUGCAGUCCCCACUGUAACUGAUCAAGCAGCAGCAAUGCAGCUAAGCCAGUGUGCAAAGAAUCUUGCUACCAGCUUAGCUGAGCUACGAACUGCCUCCCAGAAGGCUCAUGAAGCAUGUGGCCCAAUGGAAAUUGAUUCUGCUUUGAAUACAGUCCAGACGCUCAAAAGUGAAUUGCAGGAUGCAAAGAUGGCAGCUGUGGAUGGACAGUUAAAGCCUCUCCCAGGAGAAACUCUUGAGAAGUGCACUCAGGACCUGGGAAGUACAUCCAAAGCAGUUGGUUCAUCAAUGGCCCAGCUGUUAACUUGUGCUGCUCAAGGCAACGAGCACUACACAGGAGUUGCUGCCAGAGAAACUGCUCAGGCUUUGAAGACGUUGGCUCAGGCAGCACGAGGGGUUGCAGCAUCUACUACUGAUCCUGUGGCCGCACAUGCAAUGUUGGAUUCAGCAAGGGAUGUCAUGGAAGGAUCUGCUAUGCUUAUUCAGGAGGCAAAGCAGGCGCUGGCUGCACCAGGGGAUGCAGACAGCCAGCAGAGAUUAGCCCAGGUGGCAAAAGCAGUGUCUCACUCCUUGAAUAACUGCGUUAAUUGUCUGCCUGGACAAAAGGAUGUGGAUGUGGCCUUGAAGAGUAUUGGGGAAUCUAGCAAGAAACUCCUAGUUGAUUCGCUACCUGUGAGUUCUAAGUCAUUUCAAGAAGCUCAAAGUGAACUGAACCAGGCAGCAGCAGACCUGAAUCAGUCAGCAGGAGAAGUUGUUCAUGCUACACGGGGCCAAAGUGGGGAACUGGCUGCAGCCUCUGGAAAAUUCAGUGAUGAUUUUGAUGAAUUUCUUGACGCUGGUAUUGAAAUGGCUGGCCAAGCACAAAGUAAAGAGGACCAGAUUCAAGUAAUAGGUAACCUCAAGAGCAUCUCUAUGGCUUCCAGCAAGCUCUUACUAGCUGCCAAGUCUCUGUCUGUUGAUCCUGGAGCUCCUAAUGCCAAGAAUCUCUUAGCAGCAGCAGCAAGAGCUGUGACUGAGAGUAUAAACCAGCUCAUCACGCUGUGCACCCAGCAAGCUCCUGGGCAGAAGGAAUGUGACAAUGCGCUCAGAGAACUGGAGACAGUUAAAGGAAUGCUGGAUAACCCAAAUGAACCUGUGAGUGAUCUCUCAUAUUUUGAUUGCAUUGAAGGCGUAAUGGAAAACUCAAAGGUUCUUGGCGAAUCAAUGGCUGGCAUCUCCCAGAAUGCAAAAACUGGAGAUCUUUUAGUCUUUGGAGAAUGCGUUGGAGUUGCAUCCAAGGCUCUUUGUGGCCUGACAGAGGCAGCAGCUCAGGCUGCUUACCUGGUUGGCAUCUCGGAUCCCAACAGUCAGGCUGGUCAGCAGGGCCUUGUUGACCCAAUUCAAUUUGCCAGAGCCAAUCAAGCAAUCCAGAUGGCUUGCCAGAAUUUGGUCGAUCCAGCAAGCAGCCCAUCACAGGUAUUAUCAGCUGCCACAAUUGUGGCCAAACACACUUCUGCUUUGUGCAAUGCUUGUCGCAUUGCUUCAUCAAAGACAGCAAAUCCUGUUGCCAAGAGACACUUUGUGCAGUCUGCCAAGGAAGUUGCAAACAGCACUGCUAACCUGGUUAAAACUAUCAAGGCCCUGGAUGGCGAUUUCUCUGAAGAGAACCGCAAUAAGUGCAGAAUUGCUACUGCACCUUUGAUAGAAGCUGUGGAAAAUCUGACAGCGUUUGCUUCAAAUCCCGAGUUUGUCAGCAUACCAGCACAGAUUAGCACAGAGGGAUCACAAGCACAGGAGCCAAUUCUAGUUUCUGCUAAAACAAUGUUAGAGAGCUCGUCUUUAUUGAUCAAAACUGCUCGUUCUCUGGCUAUCAAUCCAAAAGACCCUCCUACAUGGUCUGUACUAGCUGGACAUUCCCAUACUGUCUCAGAUUCUAUCAAGAGUCUUAUCACCUCUAUCAGGGACAAGGCCCCAGGCCAGCGAGAAUGUGAUUUCUCCAUUGAUGGGAUCAACAGAUGCAUCAGAGACAUUGAGCAGGCCUCCCUUGCAGCUGUCAGUCAGAACCUGGCCACCAGGGAUGACAUCUCGCUUGAGGCUCUACAGGAACAGCUAACAUCCGUUGUCCAGGAAAUUGGCCACCUCAUUGAUCCCAUAGCUACUGCAGCUCGAGGAGAGGCAGCACAGCUUGGACACAAGGUAACACAGCUGGCAAGCUACUUCGAACCCUUGGUUUUAGCUGCUGUUGGUGUGGCAUCCAAAACACUAGAUCAUCAGCAACAGAUGACCGUGUUGGACCAGAGCAAGACACUAGCUGAAUCUGCCUUACAGAUGCUGUAUGCUGCCAAAGAAGGGGGAGGAAAUCCCAAGGCAUCCCAUACUCAUGAUGCAAUCACUGAGGCGGCUCAGCUGAUGAAAGAGGCUGUGGAUGAUAUCAUGGUUACCUUAAAUGAAGCUGCAAGUGAAGUGGGCAUGGUUGGAGGUAUGGUAGACUCGAUAGCAGAGGCAAUGAGCAAGCUGGAUGAAGGUACACCUCCAGAUCCUAAGGGAACAUUUGUUGAUUAUCAGACCACUGUGGUGAAAUAUUCUAAAGCCAUUGCUGUAACAGCGCAGGAAAUGAUGACUAAGUCGGUUACUAACCCGGAAGAGUUGGGAGGACUUGCAUCACAAAUGACCAAUGACUAUGGGCAUUUGGCUCUCCAGGGCCGAAUGGCUGCAGCUACAGCAGAACCAGAGGAGAUAGGGUUCCAGAUCAGAACUCGGGUGCAAGAACUUGGCCAUGGCUGUAUCUUCCUUGUGCAGAAGGCUGGAGCUCUCCAGAUUUGCCCUACAGACAGCUACACCAAAAGGGAGUUGAUAGAGUGUGCUCGUGCUGUCACAGAAAAGGUCUCCUUAGUUUUAUCUGCCCUUCAAGCAGGAAACAGAGGCACACAAGCUUGUAUUACUGCAGCUAGUGCUGUGUCUGGGAUCAUUGCAGAUCUAGACACCACUAUCAUGUUUGCCACUGCUGGAACACUUAACGCAGAGAACAACGAGUCAUUUGCAGACCACAGGGAAAAUAUCCUGAAAACAGCAAAAGCUUUAGUUGAAGAUACAAAAUUGUUGGUUUCUGGUGCUGCCUCCAGUCAGGACAAACUGGCCCAAGCUGCUCAGUCAUCAGCUAACACCAUCACUCAGCUUGCAGAAGUAGUCAAAUUAGGAGCAGCUAGCUUGGGAUCUGAUGAUCCUGAAACACAGGUUGUCUUGAUCAAUGCUAUCAAGGAUGUUGCAAAGGCUCUUUCUGAUCUCAUUGGUGCUACCAAAGGAGCUGCCAGCAAACCAGCAGAUGAUCCAUCCAUGUACCAGCUGAAAGGUGCUGCCAAGGUGAUGGUAACAAAUGUCACAUCACUUUUGAAGACUGUUAAAGCAGUAGAAGAUGAAGCUACACGAGGGACAAGAGCUCUUGAAGCCACAAUUGAGUACAUCAAACAGGAACUCACGGUGUUUCAGUCAAGCGAGGUUCCAGAAAAGGCAUCAUCACCUGAAGAAUCAAUCCGGAUGACGAAAGGAAUCACCAUGGCAACUGCCAAAGCUGUUGCAGCUGGGAACUCAUGCAGACAGGAGGAUGUGAUUGCUACAGCAAAUCUGAGCCGCAAAGCAGUAGCUGACAUGCUAACAGCUUGUAAGCAAGCAUCAUAUCAUCCAGAUGUGAGUGAAGAAGUUCGAGAGCGAGCCCUGCGCUUCGGAACAGAAUGUACCCUGGGAUACUUGGAACUCCUGGAACAUGUUCUCCUGAUCCUUCAGAAACCAACUCCAGAACUAAAGCAUCAAUUGGCCUCCUUCUCCAAGCGGGUGGCUGGUGCUGUUACAGAGCUCAUCCAAUCAGCAGAAGCAAUGAAGGGGACAGAGUGGGUGGAUCCAGAAGACCCAACAGUCAUUGCAGAGACAGAGCUACUAGGGGCUGCAGCAUCAAUUGAGGCUGCAGCAAAGAAAUUAGAGCAGCUGAAACCAAGAGCCAAGCCAAAGCAAGCAGAUGAGACUCUGGAUUUUGAAGAACAGAUCCUGGAAGCAGCUAAAUCCAUUGCAGCUGCUACCAGUGCCCUUGUGAAGUCAGCUUCAGCAGCCCAGAGAGAACUGGUGGCACAGGGAAAGGUUGGAGCAAUCCCUGCAAAUGCAGCUGAUGAUGGUCAGUGGUCUCAGGGACUUAUUUCUGCUGCCCGAAUGGUGGCAGCUGCAACCAGCAAUCUCUGUGAAGCAGCUAAUGCCUCAGUACAAGGCCAUGCUAGUGAGGAGAAGCUCAUCUCAUCUGCCAAGCAAGUGGCAGCUUCUACAGCACAAUUGCUUGUGGCUUGCAAAGUGAAGGCUGAUCAUGACUCUGAAGCCAUGAGGAGGCUACAGGCUGCAGGAAACGCUGUCAAGCGAGCAUCAGACAAUCUUGUCAGGGCGGCCCAAAAAGCAGCAUUUGGGAAAGCAGAGGAUGAUGACGUUGUGGUCAAAACAAAGUUUGUUGGUGGCAUUGCUCAGAUCAUUGCAGCCCAAGAAGAAAUGCUGAAGAAGGAGAGAGAGCUGGAAGAGGCAAGGAAAAAACUGGCUCAGAUCCGCCAGCAGCAAUACAAAUUUCUACCCACAGAGCUGAGAGAAGAUGAAGGUUAA